AUGAUAGAUACAAGCGGUAAUAAUAGCAAUAACAAUAAUAAUAAUGAUAAUGAUAAUAAAAAUAAUAGUUUAAAUAAUUUAAAUAAUUUAAAUAACAAUUAUAGUUAUAAUAAUAAGGCGUUAAAAAGAAAAAUAGAAGAGUCGAAUAAUAAUAAUAAUAUUGACAUAAAUAAUAGUAUCAUUAAUUCAAAUGAAAUCGAAUUAAAAGAAAUUAAUACUUUUAAACGAUUGGAGGUUUUUAACGAGUAUGAAAAUAGCAUAGUAAUAGAUAGUAGUGAUGAUAAUAUUAGUUUUAAUAAUAGUAAUAAUAAUAGUAGUAUAGAAAAUAAUGUAAAUAAUAAAGGUAGAAAUGAAGAAUGUAGUUAUGAUUAUAGUUAUAAUUAUAGUAUGAAUAAUAGAAUCAUAAGUAGAAGAGAUUCAGACCAAAAAGAUAGUUUAAAUGAUUCUACUUCAUCACUAGGAUUAGGUUCAUUAACUAUGCAAUCACCUCAGUUAGGAUCACCAAUGUCAUUGUCGUGGAGUCAAUUUAUAACACCACAACCACCACCAGCAUAUAGUAUAGCUAACAAUACAUUAUUAGAUAAUAGCAAUAAUAUUAAUAACACUGCAAACAUCAAUAACAAUACAACCACAGUAACAAAUAAUAUAAAUAAUAACAAUACAACACCACCUCUUAAGCACAACAAAUCAUUAUCAAAUUCAUCAACAAUAUCAAAUAGUGAUAGUAGUCUAAGUAGUAGUGUCUCAAGUAAAGAUGAAGAAGAGUUGGUUGACAAUACAUCCACAGUAUCAACAAUGAAAUCUUUUGAAAUAGAUGCACCAGCAGAUCCUUAUGAUAUCGAUCCAGUGUUAAAAGAACAGUUAUUAACCGAGGAAAGAUUGGAAAAAGAAAGAAAGGAGGCAGCAAAUCCCCCACAGCCAGAGUUUGAUCAUUUGGUAUUCAUUAUACAUGGUAUUGGUAAUCAGGGAUCAGAGAAUAGGGUUCAAACAUUGGAGCAAAAUGUUGCUUUGCUAAAAAAGAAUUGCGAAUUAUUUCAAAAGGAUUCAUCAAAUAAAAAACUAAAUGUAGAGUUUCAAAUUAUAGAGUGGCAUUCAAAAUUAAGAAACAAUGAUGAUUUAAAUAAUAAUUUAGAAAAAAUUUCACCUGUUGGGGUUAAAAAAAUUAGAGAAUUUAUUAAUGAGACAUUAUUGGAUGUUUUGUUAUAUAUGUCCCCAAUGUAUCAUCAAGAGAUAUUAAACGAAGUAUCAAGCCAGAUCAAUGAUGGUUAUAAAGGUUUUUUAGAAAAAAAUCAAAGUUUUAAAGGUACUUGCUCCAUUUUUGCGCAUUCUCUAGGUUCUGUUAUUACAUGGGAUAUUUUAUCGAAUGGUUUGAUAUCAUUUAACGUGGAGAAUGUAUUUGCAUUUGGUAGUCCAGUGGGCAUGUUUUUAACAAUCAAAGGUACUCAAUUAGGAUCAUUAAAGUUUUCAGAGGUUAUGCCAUGUUGCACAAAGUGGUUUAAUAUUUUUUCACCAACUGACCCUGUUGCUUAUAGAAUUGAGCCUUUUUUCGAUAAAAAGUUUUUAGAAUAUGACCCAUGUUUAAUCGAGGUCGAAGUGGAAAAGAAACCAUUAAAGCAAAAAUUAUCAGGUUUGUUUUUUAAAUCAACUACUACUACAACAACAAAAUCAGCAGAUUCCAAUAAAACAACAAUAACCACAACAAGUAAAGAAGAAACGUCACCAAAUACAGGGACUGUUCAAUCAACAACUACAACGACAACAACCAGAUCCAAUUCUAAUUCACCUACCCAAAACCAGGAGGUUAUGGAUCUUACAAAUAGUGAUGGUAGUACAGGUAACAGUGUAAAUAAUAGCCCAACAUCAACAACACAGGUUAUAGAUUUGGAUAGUGACGAUUCAGAUUCACCUAUGAAGAAAAAAGAAAUUCAAAUGGAAAAAAAUAUUGCCAACAUGUCAAGAAGUUUUAAAGUUCAUCCAUUGGAACCAGAUUCACCAUCCUUAUUUAAAGAUAGCGAUUCUGACAGUUAUGAUGACAGUUUAAUGAACACAUCAGCAGGAAAAGCAAAUGGCAGCGAAUCAUCAUUUAAAUCUAAAUUUUUAAUGACAAUAUCAAAUGUUCAAAAGUCUAUGCAAAAAGUAAAUGGAGGCAGUAAUCGUUCAAGUUUAAAAGAAGAGUUAAAACUUAAGGAUACAAACUCGACCAACACUGUAUCUAAGGAUGGUACCAUUACGGAAAAAUCAACCUCUACAACAGCAGUCACUACAGCUACAACACCAGCAAAGCCUAUGGUUAGGGAAAUUUUAACAUUGUCACUAACAAAAGAUUCAGAUUCCUAUUUCGACAAAUAUGAAAAUAGAUACGAUUUUAAUAUAGAAGAAACAUCAUCCUUUUUACCAUAUUAUAUAAGUUCAAUAUAUGCGCAUAUUGAAUAUUGGGGAUCGAAAUCUUGUGCAAUGUUUAUAGCAAAGAAAUUGUUACAUACAAAAAACAAAUUAUCUUCAAAACCUUCAUCCCCAACCAAUUUAUAA